UGACACCAGACCUCACUGUGCAACCUGAUAACCGGGGUGGGAGUAAGCGAGGCGGCUGCUCAGUCACCUGGGCCGGUCCCCUUGGCUACUGUCGUGCGUAGCAACCGUUGCCGCUGAUAGAUCCCGGAAGGAACGUUAGCGCGCAACCAGCGAGCUUCAUCUUUUUGAACAGAACCAGAGGUGCGGAGUAAUGAGAGUGGGGGAGCGAAGGAGGCAGCUGUCCCAGUAGAACAUUGGCAAGUGGGAGGCCAAGCAAGAAUGCUGGAGGCAGAUGCAGACCCAGCAGGUGCAGCAGUAGAGAGGGAAGAAGAAGAAGGAGAAGAAGGAGAAGAAGGAGAAGUCAAAAUGGGGAGCGGAGACUUGAAGACCGAGGUGGUGCGGCUCACCCUGGAGCUCCAGGAGGCCACAGAGGAGAAGCUCCAGGCAGCCCGCUAUGGCCUGGUGGUGCUGGAGGAAAGUGCUGCUCUCAAGAUGAAACACAGGCAGCUGGAAGAGGAGUAUGAAACCCUCAAAGGGGAGCUACAGCAGCUCAGAGAGGCAUUUGCAGAUUCUGUGAACAGCCAGAAACGUGCAGCUGCUGAUGGAGAGUGCCGGGAGGAGAACCUUCUGCAGGAGACUGCCUCUAAGGAGGCUGCCAUGGCAACCCGCAUAGAGGAAGUCCAGGCAGAGCUCAAGCAAGCCCGCCUUGCUCUGGGCAAUGCCCAUGCAGAGAUCGAUAGGCUGGGGUCGGUGUCUACCCAGCUAAAGAAGGAGUGCGAGUGUCUGGAUGCCGAAAAGGGCCAUCAGAGGGAUGAGAUGAAGGAGUAUAAAGUACGUGAGCUGCGCCAGUUGCAGGACAAUGGCGAAUUAGAAGAAGAAAACAUAUCGCUGCAAAAACAGGUGUCGGUGCUCAAGGAAAACCAGAUUGAGUUUGAAUCAAUCAAGCUGGAGCUGACCCACAAGAACGAGGAGCAGGAGGAACAGCGAGCUCAGAUGGAGGAGGCUGAGAGGCUGAAGGAGAUAGCAGAGAGGCAGCUGGAUGAGGCCCUGGAAGCCCUGAAGGAGGAGAGGGAGCAGAAGAACUGUCUGCGGCGAGAGCUCUCCGCCCUGACCCUUAACCCUUUCGAUUCUAUGGGGAACCUGGAGCUCCACUUGGACCAGCUGGAUGACAGCCAGGAGGAGGGCCAGGGGGGAGACGGGGAAGGUGAGGGAGAGGAUCAGGACAGCGGCAUUAAUAAUGGUCCUGGAUCCGCUCCCAGUUCUGCUCACCCUCCUCACUUGGGGGGCUCCAAAAGUAACGGCCUCAUCCAUCGCUACUCCACUCCACGCAGCAGUGAUGUGUUCCUGCGCGCUCCUGCCUCUGGGCUGGUGUCCGACCUGCUGAGUGAGCUACACUUUUCAGACAGCCAGAAGCUAAAACAGCAACUCUUACAGGCAGAACGAGAGAAAUCCGGUCUGAUUAGCAAGGUGGAGGAACUGCAGAUGCAGCUGGUAAUGUCCAAACAGGCCCUCAGUCAGCAAGCGGACAAGGUUGGAUCGCUCACGCAACAGCUGGAAGCCGUGCAGAGCAGCCAGCAGCACAACCAAGAGGCAGGCAACAAGGGAGAUGAUGAGAACGGAGACGGUAGCAGUGAAGUCUUUGACUACGAGGUAGACACCAAGAGCAAGGAGGUGCUGGAGGCGCGAAUGCGUUCAGCCAGCGAAGAGCUUCUGAAGCUACGAGAUGAACUAUCUCAGGCAGGAACUCGUUAUAACACCCUGGAGCACAGGUACAAGCAGGAGAAGGAUCGAUGGCGGGCAGAGGCCCAGGAGCUGGCUGACAAGAUCCGUCAGUGCAUCAAGUCCAGCAAGCAGGACCAGGAGCGCAUCAGUGAGCUGGAGAAGGAGAUCGGAGCCACACGGAAAGUCGCCAUCGAUUCAGAAGGGCAUUUGACCGUCGCCCAGGAAGAGCUGCUGGCCUUCUCCGAAGAGCUGUCCAACCUCUAUCACCACAUCUGCGUGUGCAACAACCUGACGCCCAAACGCGUCACCCUGGACUAUUACCGUGAUGGUGCCAGGGCAAGUUUAGCAGGUGGUGCACGAAGAUCACACUAUGUCUUCCCCCAGCAAAACUCCCAGAAGAAGCCGCGAUCCAACGACGCGUACAUCUCCAAAGCUUCAGCGUUGCAGGUUAUGGGCGAGGUGGACAGUGCAGGAACCAGCGGGGAAUCUCCCAAUUGCCCCGGAUCCCCCACCCUGGAUUUCAGGGACCCUUCAAACGUCCGCAACUUGGUAGCAGUCAUCCGUUGCCAGGUCAAACACCUCCGGGUGGCAGUGGACCUCUGUCGUCAGAGGGGUGCGAUGCCUUACUCAGGGUUCAGCAGCAGCGGAGAGUCAGAGCGGGAUGCUGAAAGCCUAAUGGAGGAAGUACUAAAACUCAAGUCCCUUCUCAGCACUAAGAGAGAACAGAUUGCUACCCUCAGGACUGUCCUCAAGGCUAACAAACAGACAGCAGAGUUGGCCCUGUCCAAUUUGAAAACUAAGUACGAGACAGAGAAGAGCAUGGUGUCGGAGACCAUGAUGAAACUGAGGAACGAGCUCAAAGCCUUGAAGGAGGACGCCGCCACCUUCUCUUCACUACGAGUCAUGUUUGCCAGUCGGUGUGACCAGUAUGUCACCCAGCUGGAUGAGAUGCAGAGGCAGCUGGCAGCCGCCGAGGAUGAGAAGAGGACCCUGAAUUCUCUGCUGCGUAUGGCCAUACAGCAGAAACUGGCUCUUACUCAGCGUUUGGAGGACCUGGAGGCCCCCUUGUCUCCCCACAGCUUGAACAGCAGCCCCCGCCGCUCCCGGGCCAAAGAGCUGGCCGCCAAGUCAGGCCGGGGUCCAAGGAGCCCCCGAAGCAGUCCUGCUCGCCCCCCAUUGAGAAGCAGUCCACGGGCUAGCCCUGUUCUCGGCGGCAGCGUCUCUGCAAUGGCCACGCACCACCUGCGAGGUCUCACCCGAAGUCUCCACACAAGCCCCCGCUGAAACCCUCCUUCCAUCACUUCAAACCCCCUGUUCUCCAUAAGGACCUGACUUCAUGUUGACUCCCCGGCUCCCACCUCCCUUCCUGACUCAAGACAUCCUGUCCAUCCCAGUUAUGAUGCAACAUUUCCCAGUCUACCCACCAGAACCAUGGAUUUAAAAAAAAAAAAAAAAAAAAAGAUUCUCUCAUCCCCCGCCCUCUUGGUUUCCUCUGCUUGGAUCGGAGAGAAACCUGCAUGCAGCUUGAAGGAGGGUGAAGAGACAAAUGUGCUGCUCGUUGCUCUUUGAAGUCUCUGUGACUUUUGUCUUGUCCCGAGUGGAUCCAUCUGGUCUUGUUCGAGGCUGCUAUGUGUUUUGUGAACCAGUGACAGUAUUAUUUCCAGAAUGAGGGACUUAUCAUGUGCAGUAUUUACAGUCCUCAGACUUUGAUUCAAGGCUAUGCUCUCUUUUAAAGGCUGUAUGUCUUUACACUCUUGCCUUUAGUCUGGCGUCUUUUAGAGUAGAUCACCUGUCAUAACUCUCCCAGGUAGUUGUUUUUGUAGAACAAUGCAGCCUUACUAACGUUAUUGCUAUCCCACAAGUAGAGAGCCUUCUAUUUUCCUGAGAUCCCCCCCCCUGUUACUGGUGAUACAGUUACAUGCCCUUUUUCUUUUUGUCCUGUGAUGCGUCUGGCACUCUGGCUUUUGUCCAUUAGCACUGCCCUUUAACUUGGAGGUCAGUAAAUAUGCUAUUCAGUUGAUGGAAAUAGAUCAGCCAUAAGUCGACCACCUCAGGUCAAGCAGAGUAAUCAGAUUCAUGAUUUGAUCUUUAAUGACCGUCUUACUUUGCAAACUAUGCAGACCAAUUCAGGACAGUGCACUUCCUGCUGUUCUUUGGAGUCAGGCUGGGCUUUUGAAACUUGCCUUCACUUUCAGUACACAGUGGAUGGCUGUAGCUGAUUUUAAACAGCCAUUUAGCAUCUCUCACAAAAAGCAGCUUUUGGAAGUUAUCUGGCCGUUGCAAGCAUCCCGUUGGCUGAUAACGUAACUUCCUGCUUUUCCGGCUGUUGAUUAUAAAAGAUGGUCUCACGUCGCUUAAGAAUUGAAGUGGCUUGGUUUAUGUAAGCAAAAAAAAAAAAAUAAUAACAUGUUGGGCCAUGCACAUUCCCCUUGGCUACAUAAUCAUAACAGUUUCCAUUCAGCUUCUGCUUUUCCUCACUCCUUUGAACAGCUAAGCAACGAUACUCAUGUUUUGUAUUCCAUCAUUUAAUGUCACCCUGCUUUUGUCUGCUUCCAAAGUUAGCAUGUUCUAAUUAACUAGCAUUACCCACAACACACUAGUUUUCUUCUCUACCGAACCCAUUGCGUUCAGUAAGCAAUGCUUGUAGUUCUAGCAGUCUGCUGUUAGAGUUGCUGCUUGUAGAAAAAUGAAAUAAUGAUAUCGUCCCAUUAUUUUAAAAGCAUCGCACAGUGCUUUGCAUAUAUUAGCACAUUAUGGCUUAAAAGAAAGAAUAAAUGCAUUUUACAAAACAAAAUACUUCAAAGAGAGGCGUAACUCCAAUGUGGCAUGGCUCUGCUAGAAGGAGCUCCACAAGUAUCCACCUGUAUCGCAAAGAAAAGAUGUAUCUGCUGAUUACCCAACAUGGGAUGCUAAUAGAGUAGUUUGAUGCCAGAGCGGUGAUUUGAGGACAGUAACACAAAUGUAAACAUUGGCACUGUUUCAAAACUCGCCUCUUUGAAUGCAGUUACAAAUUCAACUUGAAUUGACCUGCAGUAGACCAAUCAUGAACUUUAAGGCCACAUUUAGAAAUGCAAAAAAAAAUGUUGAAUCCAUUUGGUCUUUAAGCUCAACUGUCCUGUGGUUUAGUAGAAGAGGCCACAACCUGCUGAUAUGUUUUUAUUUUUGGUGCCUUGGUUUUGAUCUUGUCUGUUGAUUUUAGUCUUCAUCACAUUUUAUUUUUUUUAAAUAGAGACUACUUUUCAACACUGUAGUUGUGAUUUAUUUUGAAGGUAUGUUUUAUUUACUUUCUCAUGAAGCAGCGUUAGCACUGAAUAAGGUGAUAUCUCAUUUUGGUAAAUAUUUUCACUUUUUAGCUUGCAUGCCUUAUAUGACCUCAUUAGUAUUAACUAAUGAACAAUGAAUGCAGAAAAUCAAGAACAUAAUGUAUCAACAACAUUAUAGAUGGAAGGUGAAGUUUCCUUGCUAAGAAGUGGAAAUGCUUUAACAUUAUGUCAUAUUUCUUCGAAGGAUGUAAAUGGAUUUCUUAAUCUAUUUAAUUCACUCUGUGCAAAUGGGUGUAUAAUUUAAUUACCAUUGUUGUAUAAUAUUUUAACUGUGUUUAUGUGGUCUGCGUUCCGUGUCUGUAUAUUGUUCUAGAGGGCGACGUGCACACUCCGCAUAACACAUUGUAUGGUCCUCAACAUUUUGUGUGCAAUUUCCUUUCAUUGACCUGUGAACCACUUUUGUCAUGAAGAAUAAAAACAAGCCAACACUG